CAUUCAUUGGUGGUGUUUGCUCUCUCUCUCUAUCUGUCUCUCUCUCUCUCUACAAAUUCGUGUCGGUGUGUGUUGAACAGAGGGGGGCCACGACAGAGCAUUCCCUUCAUUUUGGAAUCGAUCUCUGUUCAAUCGUCUCUAAGGACUCCGCCGUCGGAAUCGCAGUCACGCCCUCUUGAUCGAGGGUUUUGGUAAAAGGGUUUGAGCUAGGACAUGCUGAUGCUGAAGAAAUAAGGAAACUUCGAAGGUUGUGCUGCUCUUUUAGAGAAAAUGUUGGAGGCACCAAAAUUUACUGGAAUUAUUGGCCUAAAUAACAACCAUGAUAAUUUUGAUCUGUCUCAAGGUUUUUACCAUAAGCUUGGGGAGGGUUCUAACAUUUCAAUUGACAGUUUUGGUAGUUUGCAGAUGAGCAACGGUGGAGGUUCUGUUGCAAUGUCACUUGAUAACAGUAGUGUCGGAUCAAAUGAUUCCCACACUCGCAUCCUAAACCACCAAGGAUUGAAGCGUGUCAACAACAACUACUCUGCUGCCCAGAGUGCUAACCGAGGAAAAGUCUCACAUGGUCUUAGUGAUGAUGCAUUGGCUCAAGCUCUAAUGGACCCUCGUGUUCCCACGCAGGGGCUUGAUAGUUUUGAUGAGUGGACAAUUGAUUUGAGGAAGCUUAAUAUGGGGCCAGCUUUUGCACAGGGGGCUUUUGGAAAACUUUACAAAGGUACUUACAACGGCGAGGAUGUUGCUAUCAAGCUUUUGGAAAGGCCAGAGAAUGACCUAGAGAGGGCUCACUUGAUGGAGCAACAGUUUCAGCAAGAAGUCAUGAUGCUGGCCACAUUAAAGCAUCCAAACAUUGUUCGGUUUAUUGGUGCAUGUCGUAAACCCAUGGUAUGGUGUAUAGUGACAGAAUAUGCAAAGGGGGGUUCAGUUAGGCAGUUUUUGACAAAGCGACAGAACCGAUCCGUGCCUUUGAAAGUGGCCGUCAAGCAGGCUUUGGAUGUUGCUAGGGGGAUGGCGUAUGUGCAUGGGCUUGGUUUGAUUCACCGCGAUCUAAAGUCUGACAAUCUUUUGAUUUCCUCAGACAAAUCCAUAAAGAUUGCGGAUUUUGGGGUGGCUCGUAUUGAGGUGCAGACUGAAGGAAUGACACCAGAGACUGGAACGUAUCGAUGGAUGGCUCCGGAGAUGAUCCAGCACAGGCCCUACACACAGAAAGUAGAUGUUUAUAGCUUUGGCAUAGUUCUGUGGGAACUCAUCACGGGGAUGCUUCCCUUCCAAAACAUGACAGCUGUGCAGGCGGCAUUUGCAGUGGUGAACAAGGGUGUUCGUCCAAACAUCCCCAACGAUUGCUUGCCUGUUCUCAGUGAGAUCAUGACCCGAUGCUGGGAUGCUAAUCCUGAUGUCAGGCCUCCCUUUCCCCAGGUUGUCAUGAUGCUCGAGAAUGCUGAGAUGGAAAUAAUAACCACUGUCCGCAAGGCCCGUUUCAGGUGCUGCAUGACCCAACCUAUGACUAUGGAUUGAUAUGCUGAAGCUGAAACUGCGGGGGAAUCUGCAGAAGUGGUAAUGUAAUGACAGCCCCCGAACCCCCCCCCCCCCCCCCCCCCAAAAAAAAAAAAAAAAAAAAAAAAAACUGGAAAAAAGGAAUGAAAAAGGUGAUUUUGUCAGCCUCUGUAUCUAUCAGGGUUAAUUUCUUUUCUUCUGAAAGAGAAGGGGGAAGUUAUGAUAAGAACCUGCUUGUUUUGCUUCCAAUUUUUUUUUAAAUUUAUUAUAUAUAUAAAUUUUAUGGAUUAAUGGAGCUGAACUAGUAAUAGAGCAGAGUUGAUGUGUAUUUUAUACAUGCCUUUUGAUGCUAUGUUAAAAUCUGCCCUGUUUAGUUGUUA